AUGAACCGCAUCUCAACACCAUCUAACCCGCAACGCCCAGGGACACCUAUAGUUUCUCAUUUAAGUGAAGUUAUAAGUGACAUAGAAUCAGAAAACAACAACAACAACAACAAUUGCAGUAGCAACAGCAAUAGCAAUAUCAAUAUCAAUAUCAAUAAGAAAUUGACUAGUAUUUCUGUAUUAAAAGGAUCAGUGACUGAUUUAGCCCAUGAUAUUUUAGAAGCAAUUCCUGAGACUGAACUUUUAGAAGAUGAUAGUUCUGGAAUUGGGACAAGUGAAAGUGUAGGAAAUAUCAAUGAUGAUGAAAUAAAAUUUAUUGAUAAGAUUAUGGAGGAUGAUAAUAAUAGUGAGGAAGAAAAAGAAAAAGAAAAAGAAAUAGAUCGAGAAUUGGAAGAACGUACAAGAUUAAUGAUUGCUGAUUUAAUUUCAACAUUAGAUGACUCUUCACCAUCUCCCAAACCACCUAUGGAAAAUAAGUAUUUUUUGGAGGACAAAAUAUCAAGUGAGUUUGAAGAAAGUGAUGAUGAUGAUGAUGAUGAUGAUGAUGAUGAUGAUGAUGAUGAUGAUGAUUAUGACAAUGACAACAAUGAUGAAGACUACGGAGAUGAAAGUUACGAAAACCAUGAUGAAGAAAGUGAUUGCGAUGACAAUGUUAUGUUUAUGUUUAGGAAAAACGAUGAAUCUACAAAGAACAAACAAUUAAUAUUUCCUAGUAUUCAAGCCAAUGAAGAGUCUUUCAAUUUGAAUAGUUUAUCAACUAGAUCUUCACCUCUUUCUUCCAAUAGCAUCUUUCAAAUCAAUGACAAGAAUCAAAGUAAGACAAGAACUACGACAUUUGGCAAUAAUAAAAAAAAUAAUUCAUUGACUCAGUUAUUAGAAAUUGCAGAACAAAAACAUAUUGAAAGGCAGUAUAAGUUUCAAAUUAUAUGUGCUCGGCUUGAUGCUGCACUUGCAGAAAAUGAAGCUUUACGAAAAACUCGUCAAGACUUACUUUCUGAACGCAAAGAUUUAAAAACUAGAGUUGAAUCACUUUCUGAAGAUGUUGAGGAAUUAAAGACUUGUAAAAGUGAAUUGGAACGAGAUGUGGAACUUGUAAGAGUACAAUUAUUUGAAAGUGAAAAACGUGUCAUGAUUGCAGAAAAAAAACUUUAUCAACAAUAUGGGUUAUUGAGCUCAAGUCAUAAGGUUGAAGAAUCAAUGGGAACUAUUAAUAAUAAUAAUAAUAAUAAUAAUAAUAAUGAUAAUAAUAAUGUUUGUCAAGGACUACGGGAAGUGCGUGGGUUAAUUAACACUGUUAACCAAAAACAUCAGUCAUUGGAGACUCGCGUACGUGGUGAGUUUGAAGAUUUACAUUUACAGUUGAAUAUUUUGAAUGCAUCUGUAGGAGCAUGUUUUAAAAAGAUGGAAGGGCUUGAUAAAACUUGUGACAGGAACAAAAGUAUUGGUGAUAUUAUUAAGGAAGGAAUUAUAGAUGCAUGA